UUUAGCUGCCGCGGUCGAGACUGGAGAUAAUAGCUGCCGGAUACUCUCAUUCAAAGAGGAAUUUACACAAGCUUUCUUGAAUCUCUUCCCAGCAACCCUUCAAAAUGAACUUCUGUUAGCUACGCAGAUUGCAGAUCUCAGAUUCCUUGUCCCGUCGACGCCACUAGCAUAAAUUUCCCGUCGGGACGCCACACAAAAUUUCUCUGCCAUAAAAUGUCGUUUGACGGAUUUCCUCCUUUCAUCUCCGCUCAGCUUCAGUACCUCCUCGCCCACUAUCCUCAGCUCAUCAAGGUUGAGCAGGUGUGGUCAGGUAGCAAGUAUUUCCCCGGAAGUCUUGAUCGGUUCACGUUGCUUAUCCCCUACUGCCUGGACUAUCUUAGAUGGGAUAUUAUAUACAAUGUAGAAUUUCCACUAGCUGCCCCGGAUGUUAUUUUUGGACCUGAAGACGAAAAUUUUCACCCAUUUCAUGAUCUGGGUGGCGAGGGAGGAGAUUUGAGGUUAGUCAAGAAUAGUUUGACAGAUUGGAACAACAAAGAUCCUGCACGGCUAUUGGCUCUUAUUGAGGAACUGAGGGAUAAAUACAUGUCUUACCAAAAGAAACGUGUUGGAGAAGUUGAUGAUGAUCGAUUGAAGUUUGAAAUUAGCACUAUUUUAUCUAGGGAGGGGAUUGAAAUGCAUAUGAGUUCAGGUGUUGAAAAGGCAGAGGAGGUAAAAUUUGCAGUGCCCUUAAUGGACAUGAAUAUAAAUAAAAUGGUACUUGCAUGUCCCUGGAGGCAUCCACAAAGGAUAUACUUACAGGUUGUGUAUCCUGUUGGUAGAAAGUAUGUAUCUGCGCCUUCAGCACCGCGUCUGAAGUUGAUGUCCACUGCUGAGUUGAAAGCUCUAUUUUCCAUUGAUGAUGUCAAACUUCCUCCAUGGUUGGAUGGAAUGUGCUUGGCUGAAUAUCUACCCCAUCUAGAACAACUGCUUCAGAGACAGGUCUCAGAGGCAGUUUCCUUAAUUGAUGUCAGGAGGCGCUUUAUUGAGGCUUUAGCCCCGCUGUUUGGAAGGCCACUAGAAGCUGAUCCAGUCUUUUGCAGAAAAGCUACAUUUCUUUCUGCCUCUGGACCAUUUACUCUCCUGGUGCAUUUUUUCCUCUCUACUCAGUUUCCAAAACAGCAGCCAUCUCUGAUGCUUCAAAGUACUCAGCAUUUCAAUUCUCAUGGUGCACCAGCCAAGUCACCUCUUCUGAAUGAUUAUCCAUGGAGUCCAAGAUGGGAAGUAUCUCAAAUGGCAGAGCGUGUCUUCGACUUUUUGGUGGAUGAGUCGGUAAACUUCAAAAGGCAGUGCAACGAAUCUCAACUUCAACACUAAGAUGAAUAUUCUGCGAGACUGCAAUUGCAUCGUACAUUCAAGUUGCCUCAUCUGAGCUUUUUGUAUGUACUCUAAUAUCAUUAUGGAUUGCUGCAGUAACCUUGUAUUGUAAUAGUUUAAUGCCUGAUAACCUUACUAAUCAUCCAAAAAUGCAUUACCAAUUAAGUUUCAUUUACA